AAAAACACGCCUUUUAAAGACUGACUGGUGAACGCAAAGCUGAAUCAUGGAUCUAGUAUUUUACGCAUUGAACCUUUUACUGCUAAGUUAUUGUGAAACACUUGUCCGGAAGUUUGAAACUUGUGUAAUGCCAUGAUUGGCUGAUCAGGUGUGCGCGAGGUGAGGAGCGAGAAACCGGGGAGAAGUCGUGGGAACAGGUGCGAAGUAAGCGACAGCAGCUCAUCGUAGUCAGUUAAUCACGACUGAAAGAAAUAAUAGUGCGUUUGCUGGCUUUGAUACAGUAUGCUAAAGAAAGUGUGCUAAUAGGAGAACAGCACAUCCCAGCUGGCAUUAAGAAGAAUAUCAAAGCGAGCUCCGUUUAGAAAUCAGAACUGAAGAAGCUUCUCAGAUGAAGGUGAAACGUCUUCAAGCAACUUAAAGAAGUCCAAACGCUUUUCUUUCCAAGCUCCUUAGACUACGAUGACCUGGAUGAUUGAGAACCUUCACAGACAUACAGCCCUUCUCAGAGUCUCCAGUGACAUUUUGAUGCAAAACGAUGCAGGAAAAUGUUCUGCUCUCCUGAUGUUGAUAGAGUUGACCAUCGAAUUCUGCUUGAAAGGCUGAAACAUUGGUUGACCUCCUGGCCAAAAACGUCUUCAUAUUACUUGCAACCACACCUCAGGGCAUUCAGUCUAACUGCACCUGGACGAACAGAGCAGAGCAGUCAGUGUUGUUGAAGGCACCUCAUCGCAAAUAACAUGGAGGAGUUUAUUCAGAAGCUGCCAGAUCUAGAUGUCAGCUGCUACGCCAGAAACAUGUCCACCCCUGUGUUAGUCAGCAUGGGGGCUGUGGUUGCUGCGACAACCUAUUACCUGGCAACACGACCCAGGCCCCUCCCACUGGUCUGUGACCUCCAGAUGCAGUCAGUUGAGGUUCAGGGUGGAGAUUUGGCACGCCGAUCAGUUCUACUGACCACUGACAGUCCCUUGACACAUAUCUAUGAUGAUGCCACUACGUUGUAUGAAUUCUUUCUCAGAGGCGCCAGAGUGUCCAGUAACGGUCCCUGUGUCGGCUCCAGGAAGCUAAAACAGCCUUAUGAAUGGAUUUCCUACAGAGAGGUAAUUGAGCAAGCAGAGAAUCUGGGUUCUGCAUUUCUUCACAAAGGAAACAGCAAGACCACCGACUCUCACAUCGGCAUAUUCUCUCAGAACAGACCAGAGUGGACCAUCAGUGAGCUGGCGUGUUACACCUAUUCUCUGGUGUCAGUCCCUCUGUAUGACACGCUGGGAACGGAGGCCAUCGGCUAUAUUAUAGACAAAGCUUCUAUCUCAACUAUAGUGUGUGAUGUGACAGAUAAAGUCAAUCUAGUGCUGGACUGCAUUAACAACACGAAACACAGUGUGAGAACCAUUGUUCUAAUGGAGAGCCCAAACACCAGCCUGAUCGAACGGGGACAGCAGGCUGGAAUCCACAUCCUCAGCCUGCAGGAGAUGAUGGCCAUAGGGAAGGCCAACCACCAGGAACCACUGCCUCCUCAGCCCAAGGACAUGGCAGUCAUCUGCUUUACCAGUGGAACAACAGGAAAACCAAAGGGAGCUAUGUUGACACAUGGGAAUAUCGUCUGCAACUGCUCAGCUGUCAUCAAGGUCACAGAGACCACCUGUCCAGUGCUUCCCAAUGAUAUCCAUUUGUCCUAUCUGCCCCUGGCUCACAUGUUUGAGAGGGUCGUGCAGGGAGUCAUGUUGAUGCACGGAGCCAGGAUUGGUUAUUUCCAGGGAGAUAUUCGUCGACUGUCAGAUGACAUGAAGGCGCUGAAGCCUACUGUGUUCGCCGUGGUUCCACGACUCUUAAACAGAAUGUAUGAUAAGAUCUUCGGUCUGGCCAACUCACCCUGGAAGCGCUGGCUGCUGGAAUUUGCCUUCAAGAGGAAGCAUUCUGAGAUCAUGAAAGGCAUCAUCAGGAAAGACAGUAUAUGGGAUAAGCUCAUCUUCAACAGGGUUCAGGCCAGUCUUGGUGGCUGUGUGCGUCUCAUGAUAACAGGAGCUGCUCCCAUAUCUCCAGCUGUUCUCACCUUCCUCAGAGCUGCACUAGGCUGUCAGUUCUAUGAAGGCUAUGGACAAACCGAGUGCACUGCAGGUUGCACAGUGACCAUGCCUGGAGACUGCACUGCAGGUCACGUUGGAGCGCCUCUGCCCUGUAACACAGUUAAACUGGUGGAUGUACCCGAGAUGAACUACCUGGCUGAAAAUGGAGAGGGAGAGGUGUGCGUGAAGGGCGCCAACGUAUUCCAAGGCUAUCUAAAUGACCCAGAGAGAACAGCAGAGACCAUCGAUGCAGAUGGGUGGGUCCACACGGGAGACAUUGGGAAAUGGCUUCCGAAUGGCACCCUGAAGAUCGUGGACAGAAAGAAGCACAUCUUUAAGCUGGCACAGGGCGAGUACAUUGCUCCUGAGAAGAUAGAGAACAUCUACAUGAGGAGUGAUGCGGUGGCGCAGGUAUUUGUGCAUGGAGACAGUCUGCAGGCGUGUCUGGUAGCAGUGGUGGUUCCUGACCCCGACUUCCUGUCUGACUGGACCAGAAGGACGCUGGGAUUGCAGGGCAGCUACCUGGAACUAUGUGGCAGAGCGGAAGUUAAAGCAGCCAUCUUGGAAGACAUGCUGAGGCUGGGCAAGGCAGGAGGCCUCAAGUCCUUUGAGCAGGUAAAAGCCAUCUGCAUUCACACCGAGCUGUUCUCCAUCGAGAACGACCUGCUCACUCCAACAAUGAAGGCCAAGAGGAACGAACUGCGCCAGUACUUCAGAUCCCAGAUCGACGAGUUAUAUGCUGGGAUCAAAAUGUAGAAGGACAAGUGGAGAGCGGGAGGGAAGAAUAGGCGUCAGCUCCUCUAAUGGUGCUUUAGAUUCAAUUAAAAGGGGAAAAAAUAGCAGAAAGCAAAUGAAUGAGACCCUCUGAGGCCAUCAUCAUAGGCCAUCAUCAUGCCUACAAAGCAGGUUAUCUUUUUAUUACCUGGAUUAAUUAAAAGUAACAACUACUUUCACACACACAAUGGUGCUUAUCAAAUCAGUAAUGUGAUUUUAUGGACAUAGACAAAGACAAGGACACUACAGUACAAACCCUGAGGACUCGCUUUAGUUCUCACGGCCAAACAACAUGAUUGUCGUGCUCAACAGAACACAAAAAUAAUUUGACUACAGGAUCUGUGGUACGCAAGACAGAAAGUCGAUUUUAACUGUUGAUGGAAUUGAUUAGUCUUUGAUAUUUAAAUAUUAAUGAUGAUGAUGCUGAUAAGGUGCUGAGUCUGAAGAAGCUGUUUUUGUUGGUACUUCACCUUUGUCACAUCACAAAUCUCAGGCCUGCAAAAAGCAAACACACAUUGUGCACUUUCGUUUUCCAUCAUUCUCACACAGAAUGGUUCACUGGCAUUGAUGAGACAGUUUGAUGUCAUGAUUUUGUUUUAGUGUUGAAAUUUUUAACAGCAAUAUUGUUUCACUUGGUUCCUUCAUUGUCUGCAUGAAUUAAUUUAGUUGCAGUCAGGACUUGUCUAGUGGGAUCAACAGAUGAAACAAUUCAAUGUUAGCUUACUGUACACAGGGAAGUUACUCAGGAACAUACAGGGCAGACACAGAGGGAAAGCUUUGUUAAUGUUUAAUUACUUUAUAGUAGGUUCAGGAAGGGAAAAGAUUUGGCGAAUGAAUCGGUUUUUGUAAUAAUGCAUUAUUUAGAUAACAAGGAAAAAUAACAUUAAUUUGUAUUAUAAUUGUUUUUAAUGUCACAUUUUGUAAAAUAUUUGAUUAAAAAAUGGUGUA